AAUGCUGUUGAGCUAGGAAGCGGACCGAUCGAGGAAUUAAUCUGAUGGAGUUUGGUUGUGCUGCCAUGGCGAUAAUGCAGCCGGUGGUCGCGACGGUGGUGCUGAGGAUCGGUUCCACGGGGCUCCACUGCGACGGCUGCAUGAACCGCAUCCGCAGGAAGCUGUACAAGAUCAAAGGAGUGGAGCAGGUGCGCAUGGACAUGGGCAAGAACCAGGUGACGGUGACGGGGACCAUGGACGCCAAGGCCCUGCCGGAGAAGCUGCGCAAGAAGCUGCGGCGGCCCGUGGACGUGGUGGCGCCGGGGUCGGGCAACAAGGACGGCAAGGACAAGGACGGAGGCGGUGGCGGCGGCAAGGAGAAGGAGAAGGAGAAGGAUGGGAAGGACGGGAAGGACGCGGCGAUCACCAAGGCCCUGUCGGCUGAGCUGGAGGCGUGGAAGGCGGCCUUCUACGACCAGCAGUCGCUGAGCAACGCCGAGUUCAUGCUGAGCGACGAGAACCCCAACGCCGCCUGCGCCGUGAUGUGAUUAAGCUCAGCUCUGUAGCAGUAGCACCACACCAGCACGGGGGUGGUUAGAUUAGCGUCAGAUAGCAUUACACCACACAGACAAGACAGGAGAGGUAUGCAGAGUGCAAAGCUUCUGGGAAGUCAAAUUUGAACAUAACAAAUUUGAGAUUUUGGU